AGCCUCCUACUUGUGCCUUGAACUACCAUGACAUCAUGGCAAGAUUUCGCAGGAGAACGUGCAUCAUUCUAUUGCUUUUUAUUUUAUUUAUUUGCUCCAUAAUGAUGGCUUUAAAAACCCUGAGGCCUGAAAGAGCUGGAUUUGGAGAUCCCUUUGGCCUUGGCCUUUUGCCAGAUUUUCAGCAACGAACCACACAUGUUAAAAAAAAGUUCAGCGUGCAGAAUGGAGCCAAGGAAGAUAGCUUCACGCACACCAAAAAUUUGAACAGUUUGACAAUGAAUUUGAAAACUCCCAUGGUUCCAAUAGGAAAACUGGAACAAGACCUUCCUUCUCCUAAUUAUGAUUUCCAUGUGUUUUACUAUGGUUGGUUUGGGAAUCCACAGUUUGAUGGAAAAUAUAUUCACUGGAAUCAUCCACUGCUGACACACUGGGAUCCCAAAAUUGCAAGUGGCUAUCCAAAAGGAAGACACAGUCCUCCAGAAGAUAUUGGAUCAAGCUUCUAUCCAGAACUUGGGCCUUAUAGCUCCAAAGACCCUUCUGUCAUCGAAUCUCACAUGAAACAGAUAAGCUCCGCUUCCAUUGGGGUAGUGGCUGUUUCUUGGUAUCCACCUGGUAUGAAUGAUGAGAAUGGGGAACCUACUCAUGGCCUGACACUUAGUAUUUUGGAUGUCGCACACAAGUACAAAUUAAAGGUCGCUUUCCAUAUUGAGCCAUACAAAGACAGAGAUGAUCGCAGUAUGUACAACAAUGUUAAGUACAUUAUAGACAAAUAUGGAGAUCAUCCAGGUUUCUACAGACAUAAAGUUAGUACAGGUAGAACCUAUCCCAUGUUUUAUGUUUAUGAUUCUUAUAUCACAAUCCCUGAAAUGUGGGCAAAUCUGCUCACGGUAUCAGGAUCUCAGAGUAUACGCAACACCCCAUAUGAUAGUUUAUUCAUUGCCCUUCUUGUGGAAGAAAAACAUAAGCAUGAAAUCCUCAGAAGUGGCUUUGAUGGAAUUUAUACAUACUUUGCAACGAAUGGCUUUUCUUAUGGCUCAAGUCAUCAUAACUGGCCCAGUCUGAAAGCCUUUUGUGACAAGAACAACCUAAUGUUUAUUCCAAGCGUGGGUCCAGGUUAUGUCGAUACCAGCAUCCGACCAUGGAACAACCACAACACCCGCAACCGCGUCAAUGGGAAAUACUAUGAGACUGCAUUCAGCGCUGCCCUUCUAGUCCGGCCUGAAAUAAUUUCCAUCACCUCUUUUAAUGAAUGGCACGAAGGAACUCAGAUUGAGAAAGCCAUUCCAAAGAAAACUGGAAAGAUAGUUUACCUAGACUAUCAACCACAUAAACCAAAUAUUUAUCUGGAGCUCACUCGCAAGUGGUCUGAAAAAUACAGCCAGGAAAAAGAGCAGUGGCUUACAUGAGAUACUACUGUAUUUGUCUCUUCAUGGACUCAGCUCCAUA